CAUUUACCGAAAUACAACACGGUGCAGCGGACUAGACUUGUCGAUAAAUCUCGUUAAAGCUCACUAAACGGAACAUGAAUGUCCUAUGGCCCCAAUGCUUCUCUCUUCCUCCUACACGUCGCCAUGAGCCUUGUUUAUCUGUGCAGCGGCUUCCAGCGCGUUCCCGUACGGGCUACACCGUCUACUACGCUUCAAGGUGCUCUCCUGUCUUCCUACAAGCAGCUUGGCUUCUCUUCGUGGAAAAACUUGGAUUUGACACACAAUUCAAAACGACUGGAUCCCUCUUUACUUAUUCGACAUGCAGGACUCGUAAACGGCGCCAAAGUUUAUGUUUCUGAGUCAAAAAACCAGAAAACAACGGUCACAAACGGUUCUGACGCUUCUGUUCGGAUUGCCCUUCAGGCCCCCGGUCGAAACCGAAUUGUCGAGAGCGUCGCAUUGUCUGUUACUUUAAAAGACCUUUUAAAUCGUCACAGCUUUCUCGAUUGCGGCGUGCUUGUAAAUGGGGUCUCGUACACUGGCGAAAAAUUGGACUCAACUCUCGCCGAGUGCGGUAUUACUCAAGGAAAUGUGCUACUUCGUGUCAUUCCCAAAGCCGUGCCAAGAACCCAAAUAACGGAACAGAAAAGCCCUGCGAACCCUGCUCCUCCAGCGUCUGCAAUUUCUCCCGAAGACAGUGUUUCGCAGUCCGAGAUUCAUCAAGAGUCCGUGUCCAAACGCGUGUCUACCGAAGCAGAUGCACAAUCUCUCCCUUCAAGCACUCCUUCUUUCUCCCCUCAGGUUGAACGUGAACGUGUCUCCGAAUUAUCACAAUCGUUACAAUCACAAUCACCAUCGACUCAACCGUCUACACACUUUGAGCCCACCGCUCAAUCUUCAGCUCCAGCAUCUUCAAUUUCGACUACCAACAAACCAUCCGAACCCACAACCCAAGCUGCUAAACGAACCCAUCCUACACGCUCACCUUUUGAACUUUACCGAAACAUUCUCCGUCAACAAACAAGGGGUGAGGUUCGUUACGCAAAACACCGAUCAACUGCAACUACUGGCUCGUCCGUAGGGCCUUCCGAGGGUACGGAGGGCACUUCUGAAGAUGUCGAGUUAACACCUACACGCUCUCAACUCGAACUCUACCAAAACAUCCUUCACCGGCGAGCUCGAAAUGAGCCUUACGUCCCUCCUCCUCGACCUGUACAUACGUCUACGGCCAUAAAAUUCCAGGUAACUAAUGGUGACAGCUUCGUCAUUGAUUUUCAUAAAGGCGAUACCGUUCAGACAUUACGCUCUGUCGUCGCUACAAAACUUCCCCCGAACACACCUUUUGACCUGACGACCGGCAACUUUCAGUCACUUCCCCCUAACGAUGCCUCUGUCAUCGACCAACUUGAUCGCGCUCUAGUACGCGUUCACCUGAAUGAAAAAACACCGGCAGCUAAAAUAGCAGCUGAAAAUCAACGGUUGUUACAGCUCUCCGUUCGUGAUGAUACUCUGUUUACGAUAUAAAGAAUAAAAACUGUUUUAUUGUUCUCUUUCAUUAAUUUUUUUCGCGUCGCAUUUGAAGCUUAUUUCAAGCAUUGACGUCACG